CCCGCCCUUGGAAGGGGUGUUGGGAUUUGAGUCAGAGCUGAAUCAGAGGAAGAAGGUACAAAAGAUCCAUGACGACGGGAGCUGUGUGCGUGAAUUGGUUUGGCAGAUGCGUGUGUCGAGGAGGAGUCUAGUUAAGCUUACGGGUCCGUCGAGCAGCGCCGCACACAGACAGAUCAGAUGCACACACACAGACUGUCUGUGGUAGAGAUUUCACUUCUCGUUUGUUCUGUAAUGCAUUCGAUGCAGGCGUGAUGAAUGAGAUGAGUGAGGUCCACGCACCUGCGGCUGCGGCAAGUCUGCACAGGGGGUGGCCCACAGUACACACACAAUGGGUACGUGGGUGCGGUUCGGUGCGGUGGAUACACAUCGCAUCCGCAGGCAGGCAGACAGGCAGACAGACACACAGACAGACGAACAGGCUGACAGACAGGCAUAAGACGAUGAUUGAGGUCCCACCCACACGUGCGUCUGUCUGCAUUGCCCACAUCCUUUCAUCUGUGUCGUGUGUGUCACUCACUGACCGCAUGGCAUGCAGGACGGUGUACGGGCGAUCGAGUGCCAAGUCUGACGGUGCCGAUUCGGUGUAUGAAGACUACGUGCUUGUCCCGGCCGCCCACGGGGUGACCGCUCACUCAUUCGUCGUCCCCGUCAACAACACAGACGCACAAGUGGUCAGUCAGCACACCAACUAACCAAACCUGCCUGCCUGUUACAUAUGUAGCUGCAUGCAGACGGUUUUGAUGUCGUUCCGCAAGGAUGGCGCCUGUGUUGUACCCUUCAAGAUCGCCGGCCUCGACAAGUCCGUGACCGACCCCUCAGUCGUCGACCUGAACGAAAACGCGGCGCCGCGACCGAUGGCCGACAAAAGUCUUCACCGGGGCGGCCCCUCCGCACUCCAAUUCUCCCCCUCCCCGUCCUGGCGCCAUGGCCACCUUCGCCGCCUACAAUCAUCUUCCCAGCCUCCCUGAGGAGCAGGCAGACAUGGCCAAGCGAUUGGUCGACGGCAUCCGCCAAGCCAACGACACGGCCGGCAUGUCCGAGAGCAGCGGCCUGGACCCGUGGGAGGAUCGACUCGCGAAGAACGUUUUUGUCGGCCCCGCACACCCACCCACUGACUUACCACCAGACACACAAUCUCGAGGGUCUUCACUGGCCUCACGCUUCAGACAGGCAGACAGAUAGGGUGCUCUUCGGAGCUGGCUUUGUCUUGU